AUGGGGAUGAUUCGCAAACGACGUAUACGUGAUUAUUGGUCAACUGAUCCCUUAUUACACACACCAAUAUUUCAUUCAAAACAUUAUUUGUCUCGUAAUCGGUUUUUCGAAAUACUUCGGUCGGGUCCAAAAGUAUUUUCGAAAGAAAAUUAUGAAUUAUUUUGCUUUAGAUUUCUGAGAUUUACAGACUAUGAAAAAAUAGUGGACAAUGAUAAUUUGCGAAAACUACGACCUUUCUUGAAAAUAGUGCAAGAUCUUUGUCUUUCCAUGUACAUUCCACGAAGAAACGUAGCCGUUGAUGAAACGCUUCUAUUAUACAAAGGAAGAAUCAGUUUCAAGCAAUAUAAUCCGCGUAAGCGUGCCCGUUUUGGAAUAAAGACUCUUGCACUUUGUGAUUCGACCAAUGGUUUCCUUCACAAUUUUGAAGUUUAUACAGGACAGAAUACUAACAGAUGGGCAGAAAAUUUUCCUGAUGCUCAAGCGCUACCAGUUUCGGAAAGAAUUGUUAUACAUCUUGCUGGUCAUUUGCUGAACAAAAGCUAUUCCAUUUAUGCAGAUAAUUGGUUUCUUAGUGUACGUUUAGUGAAAUGGAUGGUUGAACAUGGUACCACAGCUACUGGCACAAUUAAUAAAAUCGAGGUGAUUUAUUUAAUAUUCUCUAUAUCUAUCUGA